AAGAGAGAAGAUGUCUGGACGUGGCAAAGGAGGAAAGGGCCUUGGCAAAGGGGGCGCUAAGCGCCACCGUAAAGUCUUGCGGGAUAACAUCCAAGGUAUAACGAAGCCGGCUAUUCGGCGCCUGGCUCGGCGCGGGGGUGUGAAGCGUAUCUCCGGGCUGAUCUACGAGGAGACCCGCGGGGUGCUGAAGGUUUUCCUGGAGAACGUCAUCCGAGAUGCCGUGACCUACACCGAGCACGCCAAGAGGAAGACCGUGACUGCUAUGGACGUGGUCUACGCUUUGAAACGCCAGGGCCGCACUCUGUACGGCUUCGGGGGCUAAACCUUUUUGCUCCAAAGCGCAACAAAAAAAUAAAAGGCCCUUUUAAGGGCCACCCACUUUAUCCAAUAAAAAGAGCUGUGUUGCUUCUUGCAGAGAACUAACGCUAGUAUCCCUUAAAUAAA